UUGAAUUAAAAUCUAGCACCCUGUGGAGACUUCACAUACCUUAAACAAUUCGCCGGCGAUUUUGCAACUAUUUACAUUUUGCAAGCAGAAUAAAAAUAUUAAGCAAAAUAACGAUAAAAUGGCACAAAGAUCAAUAACGUUAGUUAUCAAUAAUCUAAGACAUACCUUGCUGCAAGUUAACACAACAAAUAAAUUUGCUUUUAGGUCGUUCUUUAAACCCGCCGGCGGUACGAGUGGCACAGAGGAAUCUUCAAGCGCAAAACGCAGCAGGCAGGAAAGUCCACAAUCCCAUGGGAAGAUUGGAGAGCCGGAAAAGAAAGUUCAAAGAAAAUCUGAAGAAUCGGACAAAAAGGAAAAUAAAUCGAAAAAUAGUGAAACAAAGAAAGAAUCGCCUAAAGCUAAGAAAACAUCGCCGAAAAGUAAAAUUAAAGCAAGCCCGUUGAAAAAGGAAAUUAAAUUGAGUCCAUUUAAAAAGGAAGUUACAGCCGGUCCCAUUCAAAAACAAAUUAGUGGGGCCAAAAAAGAAGCUAACUUAAUACCACUCAAAAAGGAAAUAAGCGAGGACACAAAGGAAGCAACGAACAAUGAUGAAAUCACAGGAAAGGCUACUUCAUCGAGCAGUACUGCAGAAAAAGAAGUUGAUAAAAAUGAUGCUACGCCUGUUAAAAAACUUUCAGUAGAGUCUAAUCAAUGUGGUGCAGAAUAUAACCCAGCGGCGUCUAAAUACCAUCCUAUAAAAGAUGCAUAUUGGAAAGAGAAACAAAGCACACCUUAUCUGGCUUUAGCUAGAACUUUUGAAAUGAUUGAAGAUACCAAAGGCCGUUACAAGAUGGUGGAAAUAUUAGCAAACUUUUUAAGUUCAGUGCUCUUAUUAAAUCCAGAAGACUUGCUCUCCUGCAUUUAUUUGAGUAUAAAUCAGUUAGCUCCAGCUUAUGAAGGUGUUGAGCUCGGUGUUGCCGAAACUACACUAAUGAAAGUCAUAGCCGUUUCUACAGGACGCGAGCUUAAGUUCAUUAAGACCCAAACGCAAGAAAUUGGUGAUUUGGGUAUUGUGGCUGAACGUUCGAGGGUUUCGCAACGUAUGAUGUUUACGCCAAAACCGCUCACUGUACAAACAGUUUAUCAGAAAUUGCGUGCAAUAGCAAAAAGUUCCGGCAAAGCAAAGUCACCAAUCAUACAUGAUCUAUUUGUGGCAUCACGUUAUUCUGAGGCACGUUUCAUAAUCAGAUCCCUAAUUGGUAAAAUGCGUAUUGGCAUAGCAGAGAAGAGUUUAUUUCAGGCUCUGGCUACAGCGAUAGUAAACAGCAGACAAUAUGAUGAUAAAAAUAAAAAGAAAAAACAAUCUGAAGCUGAUAUUAAGAAAGAUAUUGAGGACAUAACUUUUAUCUUGAAAACUGCUUAUUGUCAAUGCCCAAAUUUUGAUAAAAUUGUCUCUACGCUACUCACUCAUGGUCUGGAUGAUUUACUUAAAUAUUGUUCAAUGGAACCCGGUGUGCCGUUGAAACCUAUGUUGGCCCAUCCCACCAGAGGUGUUUCCGAGGUCAUGGAUCGUUUGAAAGGCAACUUCACUUGCGAAUGGAAAUACGACGGCGAACGAGCGCAAAUACACCGCGAUGAAAAGGGCAAUGUAAAUAUAUAUUCAAGAAAUCAAGAAAAUAACACAACGAAAUAUCCUGAUAUUAUAAACCGCAUCGAACACUUCAUGAAGGAUACUGUCAAAUCGUAUAUAGUUGAUAGUGAAGUCGUUGCUUGGGAUAUUGAGCAGAAACAAAUUUUACCAUUCCAAGUUUUAAGUACAAGGAAGCGUAAGAAUGUCGACGUAGAAGAGAUUAAAGUGCAGGUGUGCGUUUAUGCGUUCGAUUUGCUCUAUUUGAAUGGCGAGGCGCUGACAUCAAAAAAUUUCGAGGAAAGAAGACAGUUGCUGCGAGAUAAUUUCAAUGAGGUGGAAGGUGAAUUUCAAUUUGCUACUUCAUGCGACACAAAUGAUCCGGAUGAUAUACAAGGCUUCCUGGAGAAUUCGAUUAAAGGAAAUUGUGAGGGUCUAAUGAUCAAGUCACUGGAUAAUGACGCUUCUUACGAAAUUGCCAAACGUUCACACAAAUGGUUGAAACUGAAAAAGGAUUAUUUGACGGGUGUUGGCGAUUCGCUAGAUCUGGUAGUAAUUGGUGGCUAUAUAGGCAAGGGUAAGCGCACUGGCAUGUAUGGUGGCUUUCUACUGGCUUGCUACGAUGAUGAAAAUGAGGAAUAUCAAAGUAUUUGCAAAAUAGGGACAGGUCUAAACGAUGAAGAUUUGAAUACGCAUGCGAAAUUCUUUAAAGAACACACCAUACCAACGCCUAAAUCGUAUUAUCGUUUCGAUAGCAGCUUAGAGCCAGAUACAUGGUUCGAAGCGGUACAAGUUUGGGAAGUAAAAUGUGCAGAUCUUUCUUUGAGUCCCGUGCAUAAGGCAGGCAUUGGCAUUAUUGACCCAGAAAAGGGUAUAUCGCUAAGAUUUCCACGUUUCAUACGUAUACGUGAUGAUAAAUCUGCUGAGGACGCCACAUGUGCGCAACAAGUGGCUUAUUUGUAUCGUAAUCAAGAUCAAGUCAAGAAUCAAAAAUCGAAUGCAGCGGAAUUUGAUGAUGAUUUCUAUUAAUAUGAAUAUAUAUAUAUUUAUUUAAAAUAUUAUAAUUGUUAAGCGAAUUAUUUAUGACAUAAAUUUCU